CGCCGCCGAGGCUCCCUAUCCAUGGCUCUCCGCCGCGCCAUCGGGUCCCUCGCCGUCCGCACGCAGGCGGCAUCAUACUGCCUCCGCCGCGCCGCCGCCUCGCCGCCCACCCUCAUGCCUCCUCCGCCCCCGCCCCCGUCCUUCCGCCGCCCGGUCGUCGUCCCCCGCCGCUCCUUCGCCGCCCCGCCGCAGCACGUACGGCAUGACGUCGUCCCCCGGCACGAGGCGCUCCAGAUGGCCGCCAGGAUGGGCCUCGACCUGGUUGAGGUCGACCGGAAAGCGGACCCUCCGGUGUGCAAGAUCAUGGACUUCCACAAGGAGAAGUACAUCAAGGAUGCCAAGGAUAAAGAGCGCCAAAAGGCCAAGUCUGCCAUUACUUUGCGUUGUGGAGAUAUCAAAGAAGUGAGGUUUAAGGCGAAAACUGAAAUUAAAGACAUGAAGGUGAAAGCAGAUGCAAUUACCAGGCUGAUGGAGCGUGGUUACAGGGUGAAGUGCAUGGCGAUGCCCGCAGGUAACGAAGCAGAAGAUUUAGGCGGACCGCUGUCUCGGUUACUAGGACUGAUACAAGAUGUCUGCACUGUGGAAAGCGGUCCGCAUUUGGACUCCAAGCAUGCAUAUGUUAUUGUCAGGCACGUGAAGUUUGCAACCAAGAAAGGUGGAAAGAAAGCAAGCCAGGCCAUAGAAGACGCAAGCAAAGGCACCCCCCGCACCGCUACCUCCGAAUCACCAGCCACUAGCGCUGAUAGCGGGGACGAGACAAACAAACAUGGUCUGGAAGCCGAGGAUCCCCGGGAAUCUUCAGCGCGAAAGGAAGGGAAAGAUAGAGAGUUUAGAGGCAAUAACCGCGGUAAAUUGGACAAGAGCAUGGGUGCUGCAGGAAGCAGGAUUCGCCCUGGUCCGGGGGGACCGCAAUCAUCGCAACCUGGACUUGGUUCCAGGAGUGGAAGUUCUCAGCAAGAGCAGACUAAUAAUCAAGGCAUGGCACCCGAGCAAACCAACAGGUAUGCCAGCCGUAAGCAGCAGACCUCCACAGGCGACAACCAAGUUAGACCACCACAGCAGGACCCGAGAAGAGGUGAACAUGAAGGCCGCUAUCAAAGGCCUCCUUUGGAACAGCCUAGCCCGCCACCGCCAAGGUUCAACCAAGGAAGACACACACAGCAAAACUUAAGAAGAAACGAGAACAACGAAGACAGGUAUCGCCGUUCCCAGGACAACCAAAGGCCACCUCUGCAACAGCCUGGCCCGCCGCCCCCAAGGUUCAGCCAAGGGAGUAGACCCCCACCGCAGGACCCGAGGGAAAACGAGAGAGGAAGCCAUGCCCCACCGUAUAACAGCCAGCGGCCGCAGUUCCAGCAACCGAAUCAGAACGCCGAGCCAUCAGCAGGGAAUGUUGGUGCUUCGACAGCAGCCAGGAGUGUGGGCGUAUUCAGCAGCCGAAAGCCAGCCACGGCAUCCGAGCCGAAGAAGACGGCGGACGGCGUGCCGCCUGGUGGUGCCGGUAAACCUGCCGAUACCGGCCCGGCCAAAAGCUUCGGAAUAUUCAGUAAUCCCAAAAAGGGAUGAUGAAGAUGCUUGCGAAGAACGAUGCUACGUUUUUUUUGUCGAAUCGAAGGCUGUGAUACGGGAGAGGAAAUAACUAAUAUUCUGCUUUUGAGGGUGUAUUUUUCGCGGUGGCUGUCUAGUUAAGAAUGUUUGGGUGACACCUUGAUAUGAGGGGAGGAAAUUGUUGGUGGCGUCUGUCCAUCGACUUGAGGUCAGGAGCACUGAUCUGCUUGUCUAUCAUCGCACUGUGUACUACCAUUUUGUUGUUAUUAUUUAUUCGCUCUAAA